AUGUGGAAUGAAGUUGAUCGUCCAGGUUCUUGUUCAGAAUAUUUAAUUUUGAAUGCCACUUUUGUGGCUUUGAUUCCAAAGAAAGCUAGAGCUAUAGAGCUCAAUGAUUUCAGGCCUAUUAGCUUGAUUGGGGGAGUCUAUAAGAUCAUUGCUAAACUACUGGCAGAGAGGUUGAAAAAGGUAAUACAUAAACUGGUGGACAGGCAACAAAUGGCUUUUAUUAAAGGAAGACAGAUCAUGGAUGCAGUUCUUAUCGCUAAUGAGUGUGUGGAGUCUAGACAGAGGAGUAAGAAACCUGGUAUUCUAUGCAAGCUAGACAUUCAAAAAGCAUAUGAUCAUCUGAACUGGAGCUUUCUAAUCAAUAUGUUGGAGAGAAUGGGGUUUGGAACUAGAUGGAUCAAAUGGAUAAAACAUUGCAUUAGCUCUGUUAAGUUCUCAGUGUUGGUCAACAGAACUCCUUGUGGUUUUUUUCCUUCUCAAAGGGGAUUGAGACAGGGUGAUCCUUUGUCCCCUUUCUUAUUUAUCCUGGCAAUGGAGGGCAUGAGCAAUAUGUUUCAGACAGCUAAGGUGAAUGGCUGGAUAAGGGGAUUUCAGGUGGGUGCAGGAAACUUGGAGAUCACUCAUCUGCAAUAUGCAGAUGAUAAUCUUGUCUUUUGUGAAGCGGUUGCAGAGGUGGAGAGCUUGGCAGAGAAAUUAGGAGGUAAAGUAGGGGAGCUUCCAACUACAUAUUUGGGCAUGCCUUUGGGAGCCAAGAGCAAGUCAAAAGGAAUAUGGAAUGGAGUACUAGAAAAAUGUGAGAAGAAGCUGACAAACUGGAAAAGCCAAUAUCUUUCUCUUGGGGGAAGAUUGACAAUGGUCAAUAGUGUGCUAGACGCCUUACCAUCUUACAUGAUGUCCAUAUUCCCAAUACCUGUCAAUGGCAAUGAAGAUAAGAAGAAAUUUCAUUUAGUCAAGUGGGAGGAACUGACUAGGAAACACAUGCUAUGGAAGGAAGUCAUUACUGCUAAAUAUGGUUUGGAGGACAAGUGGAUGACAAACAUGGUGAAUACUCCAUAUGGAUGCACUGUGUGGAGGGCAAUCAGGAAUCACUGGCCAAUAAUGCUUGCAAGAAUUAGAUGUAAAGUUGGUAAUGGUUUAAAGGUAUCCUUUUGGAAUGAUAUAUGGUUGGGUGACACAGCUCUAAAGGUGAAAUUCCCUGCCUUGUUCGUUCUUAGCCAAAAGCGACAUGCUACUGUUGCUGAGAUGUGGACUGGACAAGGGUGGGAUCUGGAUCUGAGAAGACACUUGAAUGAUUGGGAAAUGGAGAUGGUAGCAGAAUUCCACAGUACAAUGGCAGCAUUCAUCAACUUAACAGGGGAAAGGGAUACUUUGGAAUGGAAGAAGGAUGGCAAAGGAAUUUUUACUGUAAACUCAGCAUACAAAGACCUAAAUGUAUCAAGUUUGCAAGAAGAAGGAUGGCCAUGGAAGAUGAUAUGGAAGACAAAAGUACCUUAUAAAGUGAACUGUUUUAACUGGCUGUUGGCAAAAGAGGCAGUGUUGACUCAUGAAAACCUGAACAAAAGAGACCAGCUGUGGAGGAUGUUUAUCAACCUGAGGAAGAUUAGAUGGGUGAAGCCUGGGAGCAUAGAAGGAGUGUUAAAAUGCUGGAACAGGGAUGGGAAUGUAACAAGAAAAGAGGAGAGAUGGAAGAUUGUCCCAUCAUGUAUCUGGUGGACUGUUUGGAAAGAGAGGAACCAGAGAUGUUUUGAGAACAAGCAGAACAAUUUACAGAAGUUAAAGAUGAACUGCCUAGCUCUUUUUUAUUUUUGGUGUAAACAGGAAAUUUUAGAUCAGACAGAAGAUAUUUUUGAUGUGUUAGAUCUCUUGUAA